GCACCGCCCGGGUUCAUCAGCUAUAGGAUCCUCAGAGAUCCUCAUAUCGACCAAAUAUUGCAAAGCAGCGUACGCACAAUAUUCCAGCAUCGAUCCGAAAUUACCAAGAAUCCCCCUCCGUAACAUUCCCUCACGACGGCAGUUAUGGAAAGACCACGUCGCGCUGGUACAAAGAGAGCCCCUCACGAGAAGCUCAAAGAACUUCGUGAACUUAAAGCUUCUGGGAUGACGCGCUUGUCUAAGUAUAAGGUCGAGGAAGAAGAGGACCUUUAUGAGGAGGUGGACGAAGAGGAAUACAAGAAGGUUGUGCGCCAGCGACUUGACCAAGAUGAUUUUGUGGUGGAUGAUAAAGGGGAGGGCUACGCGGACAAUGGGAUGGAUGAUUGGGAUGAUGACCAUCGUCGGGAAGAAAGCUGGGAGGAGAGCGAAGAUGAGAAGUUAAAGAAGGGGGGAAAGUCGGCAAAAGUGAGAAAGGCGGAGGAACAGAAACGGAAAGGAGAGCAAGAAGGAAAUAUCCGGAAAUUCUUCAGUUCAAAUGCCGCACCCACCGCCAAACCUAAGGUCUGUCGAUUCACUCCUCACCCCCGUGGUUGCGCCCCGAACUGGUUCUAAUAUGCUGGAUAAUAGCUCAAGGUGAAAGAAGAGAAUCUCGACUUUAUGAACGACCUUCUGGGAGAAUUCGAUAACGACUCUCCGGCGGAGCCAAUAUUGCUGAGCAAAAAGCCUAGAGGAGAGCCUGUGAAAAAAGCACGCCGGCUUUCGCCUCCCCCGAAGGACUCAAACCCCAUAAAGAUGGACCAAACCCGUCACGCCGGAGGGCCGGGUUUCGCGAGCUCUCCACCCCCCAUAGCGGGAAAUACCGAUAAUGAUGACCAAGACUAUGGUUCCUUUGAUGAGGAUAUAGAUAUGGGUGACGCCCCGGUAACACCGUCUUCUCCAAUCGCAGAUGCCGUCAAGAGGAAGCAUUGGAGAGAUGAAGACGGCGAUGACGAAGAUGAUCUUGCUGUUGCGCAGAUUCAAGGCAGCAGGUCUAUCAAGGCAGAAACUAUCAACAUCGUCGCCUCAAGGCCGGCGCCCAAGAGUGAAAUUGUGAAACAAGCGGCAGUUGCGCCUGAUAAGCCGGUUACAGCGAUUGACCCUACAGCCUGGGCAUUGUUUGCCGGGGGAGAUAAUGUUACAAGUUCUCCCGCUUUGGAUGGCUCUGACCUUGGAAAGCUGGGGCCUGGGGACGUUGUUGAGGAAGAUGGGUCCAUCAAAAUGUUCUGGCUAGACUAUACUGAAGUUCGUGGGAGCCUCUGUCUCUUUGGCAAAGUUCGAGACAAAGGGUCGGGGAAAUAUGUCAGUGCAUUCUUAAAAAUUGAUGGAAUAGACAGAAAUCUAUAUUUCUUGCCAAGGGAGACAAGGCAUAGUGAGUGACCUGUGCGGUUUGGUUGACUGGAUGGUAACUGACGGCGCCACAGAGAAUAAAUUGAACACUGGUGAGGUAAUAGCGAUGACGGAUGUCCAUGAAGAGGUUGCACGAAUCAUGGAACAAAAUGAAAUCAGUUUGUUUAGGGCUAAGUCAUCCCAGAGAAAGUAUGCAUUUGAACUUCCAGGUAUUCCCAAAGAAGGCGAUUACUUGAAGGUUCUAUAUUCAUAUACCAGUAUGUAUCAACUACCAAAGUAUCCGGGAACAAUAUCUGAUGGGAACAUAGAGCCGCAGCUAUCCCCUGAGCUCACAGGGCAGACAUUCUCUUGCGUUUUUGGAACAAACACGGCUCUCUUUGAGCAAUUCGUGCUAUGCAGAAACAUUAUGGGCCCCUGUUGGUUGAAAAUCGAGGGGGCCGAUUUUACUGCAGUGCAGAACGUAAAGGCUCUUCCCUCAUCGCUUGGGAUUCGGUAGCUAAUACUGGGAUGUUAUAGUCAUCGUGGUGUAAAUUGGAGAUUCAAGUCGACAAGCCACAACGGGUUACUACUAUCGGUGAUGCGGAUUCAUUGGAGCCCCCUCCCUUGACGUUGAUGAGUAUUGCACUACGCACGCACAUGAAUGUCAAGGAUAACAAGCAAGAAAUUCUUGCUAUUAGUUGCAGAGUAUACGAGAACAUCUCCCUGAGUGAUGCAAAUGCGCCGGAAAAGCUCCCAUGUCAGAUGUUCUCCGUCGUUAGACCGAUUAACCCGGUGUUCCCGGCUGGCUUUGAAAAGCUUGUUCAGAACCAUAAAGGAACUAUCAGCCCCCAGAGAACAGAGAGCAUGCUUUUGAGCACAUUCCUUGCCAAGCUUCAUCAGAUCGACCCCGAUGUUCUGAUCGGACAUCAGUUGGAGGGCGUUGACUAUGGGAUCUUGCUACAUAGAAUGAAGGAGCGCAUGACUACUUAUUGGCACCAGCUCGGAAGGAUGAAGCGAAGUGCAUGGCCUCAGUACGGCGGCCGAAUGGCGGGAAGCUUCUUUGCUGAGAGACAAUUGGUUUCUGGGAGGCUUAUUUGUGAUCUCGCCAACGAUCUUGGAAAGGUUCAUACCUUUUACUCAUGGCUCACGCCUGAUUUAGCUGACAUAAGUGAUAUAUAUAGUCCCUUACGACGCAAUGCCAAUCCUGGAGUCUCACGGAAAUGUGUGAAUUGAUACUAGGGGAUAAACGGCAAGACCUAGAUAACGCUGAAGCUUUGAGGACGUGGGCAACCACUGACAGAGGUUUGCUUGAUUAUGUAAAGCAUUGCGAAGCCGAUACAUACUUCAUCGCGGCCAUUGCGCUCAAGAUCCAGAUAGUGCCUCUUGCCAAGCAGCUCACCAAUCUUGCUGGCAAUUCAUGGGCCAGAACCAUGAGCGGUACGAGAGCUGAACGCAACGAAUACAUUCUGCUUCAUGAAUUUCACCGCAAUAAAUAUAUUUGUCCUGACAAGGUGUACGGGAAGGGUAAUCUUACUCGGAAAACGGACGGGGCUGGGGAUGAGGGGGAAAAUGAGGGUGGUGGGGUCAAGAAGAAAGAGAAGUACAAGGGUGGGCUGGUCUUCGAGCCGGAGAAAGGUCUCUACGACAGAUUCAUUCUUGUUAUGGACUUCAACUCCCUCUACCCCAGCAUCAUCCAGGAGUUUAACAUCUGCUUUACGACAGUCAAGCGAGAUGAUUCGGUGAGCCACCUCGGAACGUUUCCAGGCCUGACCCUUUAGCGGCGCCUUUCCCAAUAUCCGGCGCAGUGCGCUUACUGACUUGGGGCAUUCUAAAGGGCGAAGAGAGAGUUCCUGAUGUGCCCGAAGCCCAGGCGUUAGGGAUAUUGCCCAGACUUAUCUCAACGCUUGUCCAACGCAGAAGGAUCGUCAAGGAUCUCAUGAAGGAUAGGACGGCUACUGAUGUCCAAAAAUCACAGGUGACCCUUUAUUCGGGCGUUCCGGGAACUUGGGCUAACUGAUCUUCAAGUGGGACAUCAAACAACAAGCCCUGAAGCUUACCGCAAACUCUAUGUACGGAUGUCUUGGAUAUACUCGUUCGAGGUUCUACGCUCGUCCCCUGGCAAUGCUUACAACUCAUAAAGGGCGUGAGAUCUUGAGCAGCACCAAAGAGCUUGCAGAGGCCAUCAAGCUGCGAGUUAUCUAUGGAGACACCGACUCGGUCAUGAUUAAUACUGGCGUGGACAACUAUGCCGAUGCGAUCAAAAUUGGGACUGAUUUCAAGAGAAAAGUCAAUGAACAAUACAAGCUCCUCGAGAUUGACAUCGACAACGUGUUCCAACGAUUACUACUACAUGCCAAGAAGAAAUACGCAGCAAUAAAUUAUGUCGAGAUUAACGGAAAAUUAACUACGAAGUUGGAGGUGAAAGGUUUGGAUAUGAGGCGAAGGGAGUAUUGUCAGCUAUCGAAAGAUGCCUCAUCGUGAGUUGGCUCAUCGUUGAGGGUGUCCUCCUUCUAGGUGCUAAUUAUUUUGUCAGACACAUAUUGUCCGAGAUUUUCUCGGGAGACGACACCGAGGUCGUUGUGGAGAGAAUCCACGAAUACCUCGGUGGCCUGGCUGAGAAGGUUCGAGAGAACGCGUUUCCCUUGAUGAAAUAUAUUAUAUAUACUGUAAGUUUUCGUCCUCGCCUCAAAAGACUGAAUUAACGGCCUCUUAGAAACUCGGAAAAAGCCUCGACGAGUACGGUACUAGUCUACAAACCAUGCCCCAGGUUCAGGUAGCCUUGCGGAAGAGGGCCCGCGGGGAACCCGUAAAAAGUGGGGAUGUUGUUUCAUAUGUCAUUACGGGUGGUGAAGGGAGCGAAGCCCCGGACAAGAACGUUUCCGACCGAGCUUAUGCACCUCAAGACAUCAUGAAAGCUGAUUCCGGCUUGAAGCCUGGUUCGUUUCAAUCCCUAAAGAAACAUCUUGUGUAUCGAUUAACCUCUGGUAGAUGCGGAAUGGUAUCUUAUCAAGCAGAUAUUCCCACCUAUCGAACGUCUUUGUGGACCCAUCGAAGGAACGGAUGCGAUGAGGUUGGCAGAGUGCCUUGGGCUUGAUACACGCAAGUACCAGAUUACCAAUGCCCCAGAUCAAGCAGAUCGCGCCAUCCAUCCCCUUGAAUCCACUAUUCCAGAUGAGGAAAGGUUCAAGGAUGCUGUUAGGCUUCAGCUUCAGUGCCGGGCUUGUGGAGAAUCAUUCCAAUUUGAAGGGCCAAUUUUGUCCUAUGAGUGCUGUUCCCGCGAAGGGAUCGUUUGCAAAAACAGGUCCUGCAAUAAAGUAUUUAGCGUCCCGUCGAUCGUGGCGCAGGUUGAGUGCCAAAUCCGCCAACUAACAUCAAAAUAUUACGAGGCCUGGCUGGUUUGCGAUGACGCCUCUUGUGGAAAUAGAACGCGGCAAAUGAAUGUCUAUGGGAAGCGUUGUCUUGGACCGAACAGACUUGCAGACGAUUGUAGGGGCGCCAUGGGAUAUGAGUACACAGAUAAGAUGUUGUACAACCAACUCUUAUAUUUCUCCAGCCUUUUCAACGUUGGGAAGGCAAUAGCAAACCUAAACGAUGGAUCAGAAAAGCAACGUUAGUUUUAUCCCCCUCUUUCUCUCCCUGUUUCAUCUGCAUUACAGUAUGUGGUUACUAACACACUUCUGUGGGGUCCUACAGAGACUAUCAUAGCAUUAGCUCGGGAGAAUGAAGGGUCGUUUGAGGUGAUCUCGAACGUUGUCCAGAAAUACCUUGAUAAGUGCGGGAGGCAAUGGGUUUCAAUGGAUAGUAUAUUCGCUUUCAGUGUUGGGGUCUAGAUCCUAGCCUCCAUCCACUGCCUUCUGGAAUUUUUAGAGGUCCUACCUGUACAGUACGAUAGACUGCCCAUGAAUGGCUAUUUUCUUCAGAGAU